AUGCUACCUGCUGCUACAGUUACCGGCAUCAGCAGCAAUGAUGCCAUAAGUAAGUGGUGGGGCCUCAUUUUGUACCGUGCACAUGAAUUCGCCAAGAAUUCAGAUGAUGCUCCUAAAGAGGAUGGCAGGCAAAGAAGGCAUCAAAUUGGAUCCAGUGGAUAUCGACUGAAAGCACAGCCCAGCAAUGUGACACGUAAUCUUGCACCGGUCUAUCACUCAAAUGAUGUCGACGUCUUGAUGCCGAUCGCUAAAGACGAAUUGUUAUUGGCAUUUCUGCAAUCACCAUCGGUAGUUGACGAGGUACACGGCGUUCUGUCGCCACCGCCGUCACUACCGCCAAAUUUAGCUAACGCAGGGUUCUACGCGCCUGCCCUGGAUUUGCGUGUGCCCACCUACCCGGAGUCCGUACCAAAGCCUUGA